AUGGACACUACUCACAGUUCAUCUAACACCAGCAUACCGGAGACCCCUCCUUCUUCGCCAAACCUAUCCUCCAGACCACUACUCGUCACCAGACCUGUCACAUGGCGGCUCUCAAGCCUCGAAAGCAUCCUGGAGUACAAAGAAGCAGCCGAUCAGGAGAAGAAGGGUGCCAUCUCAGUUACCUCCUCUCAGAUCACUCCGUCAGAGGAGGUCGCUGCCAAUGUCUCACACCGCCGACGAUUCCGGUCCACCGCAGCUGAGAUAGCCUUUUGUUUCUCCAUGGCACUGACCCAAUUGCUUGCAGAAUACAUGAUUUCAGGCUUCGCAGUUGUGCUUCCAACAUUACUGGCCCGCUUCUCGAACGAAACAACGUCAGACUUCUGGCCUGCUACCAUCCUGUCAUUGGUACUAUGUGCUACUCUGUGCUCAACAGCUCGGCUCUCCGACAUGUACGGUGGCUAUCCUAUCUUCAUGCUUGCUGUACUAUGGUUCUGUAUCUGGUGUGUCGUUGCUGGCUUCAGCACUUCUCUCAUACUCCUUGACAUCUGCCGAGCUAUGCAAGGCUUGGCCAUUGCCGCCUAUACCCCAAGCAGCUUUGCGUUGUUCGGCUGCAUCUACCCAACUGGCCCUCGUAGGAACAUGGUCCUGGGCAUAUAUGGAGCCUCGUCACCGCUCGGGUUCUUCGUUGGUAUUUAUGUCUCUGCUGCACUUCCUUCGGACAAUUGGAGCUGGUACUUCUGGAUUGCCGCGAUCAUAGGCUUCGUGGCUCUCAUUGCUGCCUAUCUCUCAGUACCUUCAGACCGUGCCGACCGAUCAUCGCUCAACCUGACUAUGGAUUGGUGGGGAGCCCUCACCAUCACUUCCGGUCUCAUCCUCGUGGCAUACGCAUUAGCUGCCAGCGCGAAUGCACCUCACGCCUGGCAGACUGCAGGGAUCUUGGCGCCUUUCCUCAUAGGUCUUGCCUGUCUGGCAUGUGCAAUCUUCAUCGAGCUCAGGCUAGCAGACUGUCCACUGUUACCUCGCAAAUUCUUUACGCCAAAGUCAGUCAAACCAUUGAUGAUAGCCUGUGUCUUCUUCUAUGGUAGCUUCGGUACCUGGCUCUUUACCGCUACGAAUCAUCUCCGUCUCGCUUAUGGUGUCACUGGUGUACAACUUGCAGCUUGGUUUGCACCUCUGGCUGUCGGUGGCUUCUUCUGCGCAGUGGUCGGAAGUAGUAUCUUGCACAUCACAUCUCCAACUUUCGUGUUGCUUAUCUCGGGGAUAGCCUGGGUAGCAGCACCCUUGUUGUUAGCUCUCGGAGAUCCUUCGAUGGGCUAUUGGCCUUUCGUAUUCCCAGCCAUGAUCUGCACGACACUAGGCAUAGACAUGACAUACACCAUUGCCAAUGUCGUGCUCUCCAGCGUCUCUCCUCUCCAAUGGCAGGGGCUUGCUGGCGCAGUCAACAGUACCACGGUUAAUCUUGGCAUCGCCUUCUCACUUGCCAUCACUCAGGUCAUCCAAGCUCGAACAGAGGGGCAUGAGCCUGAUCUUGACGCUCGGCUCCAAGGUCAUCGCAACUGCUUCUUAUUCGCUGCAGCUAGUGCUGCAGUAGGACUUGCCAUUACGGUAGUGGCGAUCAGGAUCCCACGCGAGGUUGUGAGAUCUGAAAAACAUGAUGAUGAUGAGCAGCAGAACUCGACACCAGAGGUGCAGGAAUAUGUUCGCUCGCAACGCUGGUCGAGCAAUGAUCAAUUCGAAGUGUGA